AUGGACUCCCCCCGGAGCCGGACUAUCUGCGGCGGAGGAGGCGCACCUAAUGCUGAAUUGAUUGCCUUCUCGUUAAGGCCGCUCGCGCGACCAGCGAGUGACAUACGCACUUACGUGAUACGUCCGCCGCGGCGAGUGGCGGCGAGUGGCGGCACUGGCGCGCGGCCAGGACUCCGCACUCACGGCAACAGUGCUUCUAGGAAAUCGGCUAUCAAAAGCUGU